UCGAUUCGGUUCCCAUCAAAAUUGGGCGGGUGAGGAAUAAACCGGUCGAGAGUUCGUGUGCCCGGAGAGAUCUGGCGAUGAGUUGCCGGAGAUUCUUGUCAAUCCCGGUCCUUUCGGUGAUUCUGGUGAUGGGUUUCGUGUACUACAUCACAGUCUUCGUUUUCAUCGAUGAUUGGGUUGGUUUACAAAGCUCAGCUGGGACAUUAAACGCCUUCGUCUUCAGCUUCUUGGCGUUCCUCUGUCUAUUUUCCCUCUCCGUUUGCGUUCUUAUAGAUCCAGGUCGUGUCCCGGCAUCUUAUGCUCCGGAUGUUGAGGAUUCGAGCUGGUCCCAUAGUAACGCUACAGAAACAAGGAAAUGUGAUAAGUGCUUUGCAUAUAAGCCUCUUCGGACUCACCAUUGCCGAGUUUGCAGAAGAUGCAUCUUGAAGAUGGACCACCAUUGCCUUUGGAUAAAUAACUGUGUUGGCUAUGCAAACUAUAAGGCUUUCUUCGUUCUUGUGUUUUAUGCAACUGUGGCUUGCAUCUACUCCACAGUAUUGCUGGUUUGCUGCGUUUUCAAGAACGGAAAUUCCUACGCGGGAAAUAUUCCAAUAAAAACUUUCAUGGUUUUUUGUGGGAUUUUCAUGAUUGGACUAAGCUUAACACUUGGGACUCUCCUUUGUUGGCAUAUCUACCUGAUCGCACACAACAUGACCACCAUUGAGCAUUAUGAUUCAAAGCGGGCCUUGUGGUUAGCUAGAAAAUCGGGACAAAGUUAUAGGCAUCAAUUUGAUGUUGGCGUUUACAAAAACAUCACCUCGGUGUUAGGCCCUAACAUGAUCAAAUGGCUUUGCCCCACAUUUACUAGGAAUACUGAAGGUGGUAUUAGCUUCACUGCGUCGAGAGAUAGCUAAAACGUUCAGCCAUCGAUCACCGGUUACAGAUUUAGCUCGGAUAUGGGUAGGAUGAGCCCACCGGCUCAAUCAAAUACACUUGUACAUCUCUUGAAAGCUCAGAAUGAAAAAUAUGGAACAUCGUUCAUGUCUAUCAGAUUUUGCCCGAGAAAAUAGAAAGAAGCAAAGCCAAACAAGUUUGAUGUAUUUUAUAUCCUUGCGUUCUGGUUAAGGAAUUAUUAUGUGACAUGACAGUUUUGUAAGCUUUGGGUAUAGUUUAUUAAUUGAAGGUCUUCAGAA